AUAGUAAUUCUCUACGGGAGGUAAUUCUGCUUGCCACUAUGGGCGACAAAGUUUUCCCUUCCAGGAUUUAAUACAGUUGCAUAUCUGGGAUUCGAACACGAGACCACUAGUUAAGCUAAAACAACCCGUGCUGGUUGAUCUAUGUGCUCGGUGGUUGGGUCUACUUUAUUUGUUCCUGUGGGCUAGGACUGCAUCUCUUAUGCGUAUCUGUCUCUGGAUUCUGCUGGUUGCAAAGGAAUUUCUUUCACUCUGGCCGCUAUAACAAAGUCAAACUAUUCUCGCACCUCUAGGAGGGUGUGGGGUGACGAAGAGGGAGUGAUUUGGCUUUGUGUUUUGCGUAGAUCAAAGUCAUCAGAUAUAUGGAGAUUGUGCCGUGUUUCAGUGGGCUUGUCGCUUGAUUAUGGCUAAGGGUGGCUUUUUCCUGUGUUGCCAGAAGCUCUUUCUAGUUUGCCACUGAAUCUGAGCAAAUUUGGUGUCUUUGGUUAGGCUUCUGGAAAAUUGAUGCACAGUAUAGAUUGUAAUUGAUAUUUGUUUUUCUGUCUUAAAGAAAGUUGUGUUUAGAUGUAGCUGUCUACGUCAUUGCAUUGCAGCAAUGUUUAGGUUUUCUUGUUUCCAUGCUAAUGUCCAAGGCAACAAGGCAAAGAAAACAGUUCAACCCUCUUCUGAAGCAAUGGUGAAGGGUUUGCAAGAUGUUACGGAAAAUCAUGGCUGUAAAGAUUCAUCUAAUCUUCCAUGUGCAUAUUCAUCCCCUUCGAAAGAACAAGCACACAAGCAAAUAAAUGUCAUGGAGAAUCAUAGCAAUUGGGAUUCUGUUGGGCGCAGUUGUAGGUCAGAGGAUCUGAAUAGCAAGUUUUCCUUUGAAAACGACAACAAUGUUCACCAAACUAGGCAUAUUAAGAAGAGCCAGUCUCUUCAAAGUGGGCUUGAUCAAGGCAUCAGGGAAGCUGAUGAAGAUCUUGGGUUGUCGUGUGAUGGUGCCAAAAGCCAGAAUGAGUCAACAAUUUCUAUUAGCAGAAGGUAUCAUGAUGCAAACCCCAUUGAUCAGUAUGGAAAUAAUCCAAACGUUGAGUUUCAAGUCAGUUCAGGUCUUGCGAAUGAUGGCUCACUUUUUUCAAUAGGAGACCCAAUGCCUUCAGAUAAAGAUGCCCAUGAAAUUUCUGAUACUCCGUUAUCUGUUGAAUUUGCUGGUGACAUUCCUGACCAGACUUUUGUUCCUGGUAGCCUAUUUCUAAGGAAGUCACGUUCUUUACCCAAUAUCAGAGCUUCUAUACUUUCUUCUGAAAGAGAUGCUUUUAAACAUGCAUUGUCAAGAUCUUCCGAUGAUCUUCACGCUUUACGCAUGUGGCAGAAAGAGGAAUUCAUCAAUGAGUUUGAUGAUCAAAUAAGGGCAGAUCAAGAAAGAGAGAAUGACAUGGGAAAACCUGAAGAUGGUCGUAUGGACAGUUUCUUUGAUGAUGGUUUUGAUUCUUAUCUGCUUUCUGGUUCAGCAAAAGACUGGGUAAUGCCAAUUACAGAUGAUACAAGUAAUGUCAAAACCCUUCAAGGAGAUUCUUUAGUUGACUGUGCGGGUGAAUUUCCUAAGAAGGAUUUUAAGAUUAAGCGCAUUGAGGAUUGGGUAAUUGGUUUGCAGCAUUGUGGGCCACCUCUAGAGGAAACAAAUGAAGAUUUGCCUGAAGUUAUUGAACCUUUAAUUGAUGUUAACACAGUAAAUGGCGUGACUGCUGCCAGUGUGAAUCAUAAGGUCACUCCAGGAAUGGAAGCAGCUAAAAGAUAUAUAUCUUCUCUGAGUGCUAAUGCCACUGCUGCUCAGCUGGGAAAUCAUGGGUUGGUUGUGAUCCCCUUUUUGAGUGCAUUUGUGAGUUUAAAAGUGCUCAAUUUGGCUGGAAAUGCUAUCGUGAGGAUAACUGCUGGUGCUCUUCCUCGCGGACUUCACGCAUUGAAUUUGUCGAGAAACAAGAUCUCCACUAUAGAAGGAUUACGUGAACUUACUCGGCUUCGUGUCCUAGACCUCAGUUACAACCGUAUAUUAAGAAUUGGACAUGGUCUUGCAUCCUGCUCAUCUUUGAAGGAGCUGUACCUGGCUGGAAACAAGAUCAGUGAAGUAGAGGGUCUGCACCGCCUCUUGAAACUAAGUAUUCUGGAUCUCCGUUUUAACAAAAUUUCAACAGCCAAAUGUCUAGGCCAACUUGCAGCCAACUAUAAUACUUUGCAAGCUAUCAACUUGGAUGGGAACCCGGCCCAGAAAAAUGUUGGAGAUGAACAGAUGAAGAAAUAUCUGCAAGGCCUUCUUCCCCAUCUUGUCUACUACAAUCGGCAGCCUAUGAAAGUGAACUCUUUGAAGGAUGGAGCAGAACGUUCGGUUCGGUUAGGAAUGAAUUCCCAUCAGUUUGAUCGCAGCCUUAGAGCGGAUCGCAAGACCACAAGGAAGGGCAGCCAAGGUGUUGCAGCCACAAGGAGGCCAUCAACUGCUUCUACUCAUGCUCGCAGAAGUGUGGACUCACCAAAACUGUCCAAGGGCAAGCAGACUCUCCUGCCACCAACUAGAACCAAAGUAUCAACCCAAAGUCGGUAUCAUUUUGAUUCUCCCAGCAAAGUAUUGAACUUGGUGUCAGAGCGCUCCAUGCGCAAGAGUCGCAGUGAGGGAAAUUUUGGAGUUCUGUGAGAGGCUGUUCCAUACCAAAUUGAUUUGUUCACCACCUGGUUUUUGGAGUGUGCAUCUAUUUACUUUGUCGUUUCGUAUUUGUGUUUUGUUUUCUGUUAUCACAGUUUAUCCCCUCUCUUUUCAUUAAGUUUGGUGCACUAGAUAUUGAUACAUUGAUUUGUGGGUUGUAAUGCCCAAUAAGCUGCUUUCUGCCACAGUAUUUCUAUUCCAUUAUAGGUUGUUGUUCAGUACUUUCAGAACAUCAUUUUCAAUUUGUCUGAAGAGCAAGUAUGGUGCAAUUACAAUAACUUUAUUAUGUGGGAUUGUCGUGCUGACCCCUAAUGAAAUUUGGAUUAAACAA